UCCCGGGCCGCCGCCAUGUCCCGGCCCUUCCCCUUAGCCGGCGGGGCGGGCUGGGGCCGGGCGGGCUGGCUGUGCGCCGGCGGCCGCGUCCGGCGCUAUGGGGCGGGGGUCCCUGCCGUGGGGGCUGCUGGCGCUGCUGUGCGGGGCGGUAGCAGCAGCGGCGGCGGCGAGCCCGGUUCCCCCCGCGGUGGCCCCGCUUCUGUGUAACGUGAGCCUGGACAGCCCCGCCGAGGAGAGGUGGCUGCCGGUGCUGCGGCACUUCGAUCCCGCCUUCCUGCGGGCCGCCGUCGCGCGGGUCAUCGAUGAACGUGUACCCAAAUGGGCCCACAAAGUUAUUCGGACGAUAGCAGCAGAACUGGAGUUGUUUAUGCCGCAACCCUUCGCGGGGGAAAUUCUGGGACUUUGCAAAGCGCUGGGAAUAAGCCUUGGAGACGGAGUCCUGCUUAACUUUGCCUACGAGUCUACCGUGUUCUGUACUAGUAUUGUUGCUCAGGAUGACAAAGGAAACAUUUACCAUGGUCGGAACCUGGAUUACGAUUUUGUCGAUAUAUUAAGCAAGAUUACAAUUGACGUGCGGUUUAUAAAAAGCGGGCAGGUAGCAUACCAAGGCACCACGUUUCUUGGUUACGUAGGCUUAUGGACUGGACAAAGUCCACACAAGUUCACGAUCUCGGGUGAUCAGCGAGCGGGUGGUAGAUGGUGGGAAAAUGCAAUAGCUGCUUUUCUGAAUCGGAAUUACCCCGUUAGCUGGCUUGUCCGAGAUACCCUGAGCAGAGCAGAGGACUUUCAGUCAGCUGUUCUCAGACUAGCUGGCAUUCCCAUCGUUGCUGAAGUUUACUAUAUUGUAGGAGGUGUGUCGCCUAAAGAAGGCAUGGUCAUAACGAGGAAUAGAAGAGGGCCAGCAGAUCUCUGGCCUCUCGAUCCUUUAAGUGGAGCGUGGUUUCGUGUGGAGACAAACUAUGACCACUGGACUACCCCUCCUCCUUUUGACGAUCGAAGAACUCCAGCCAUCAAAGCUCUCAAUGCUACGGGACAGCAGCACAUCAAUUUUGACACGCUCUUUAAGGUGUUGUCAGUGAAGCCAGUCUUAAACAAAAACACGGUGUAUACCACAGUAAUGAGCGCUGCGCUUCCACAGAAGUACCAGACGUGGAUCAGAACCGCGAAGUGAAGAGGU